UUUAAAACAAUGAAAACACGCUUUUUGAGACUUUUGUUGAAUAUUAUUUACAAAGAAAUCCUGAUUGCAAAACUUGUUUAUGAGUUUCUACUUUUAUAACUUUUCAAUAUAGAAUAUUUUAACGACUAGUAGAAUUCGUUUAAAACAAAAUAAAAUGUAAAACUCGGAUAAUGCUGUACAGUUUAAAGAUGUAAAAAAAAAAAGUUUGUUGAUUUUCGUGCAAUUAACUUUUAAAUAUUUGUCAAAAGUGGAACUUUUUUUCGUCUUCUAGAAGAUCCUAAGAAAGUGGUUAGAAAUGCUUAAAUAUUACAUAAUCAGCACUUCUAUUUUGGUAUUCGCUCCUAUGAAAGGUAUAUUAACCCAGUGUCCAACAAAGCAAACAUUGGAAAACGGCUACAUUUUUCACAUAAGUCCAAAUCUUGUUAGAUAUAGCUGCAAAAAAGGGUACGAGAUAUAUGGUCCAUAUUAUCAUAAAUGUAACAAAACCACUCAUCUUUGGAAACCUGAUGCAAAAACAGCAUGUCACGAUUUAAAUGAAUGCACUGCGUAUAAACUUGGUUUUCCUUGCCACCAAAAUGCAUUAUGUGAAAAUACUAUUGGAAGUUUUAAUUGUUAUUGCCGUCACGGGUAUGUCGGAAACGGAAAACACUGCGAUCGAAUUAACGCCAGCAACUUUGACAAUUUCCUGAAUGAUGCAAAGGAUUGUGGUAUUUCAAGUGAUCAUAAAAACACUUCAAAUCAUAGAGUAAGACGUAUUGUAGGUGGACAAGAUUCAAGUCCAGGACAAUGGCCUUGGAUAGUUUUAAUUAUUGUUAAUAAAGAGCCAGCAACAAUCUUCAGUGGAGUACUUGUAAAGCCUGACAUGGUUCUUACUUUAGCAAGCUUGUUACACGAUCCUUUUGGAAAAAGAAUCGACGCAGAAGAUAUUUUUGUAUCCUUAGGAGAAAAUGAUCGAAACAAACCAGAAAAUAACGAACAACAGUUUCAAAUUCAAACGGGAGAUAUUUAUAUACACCCUGAAUUUAACCGCACAAUUUUAAACAAUGAUAUCGCUAUUAUUAAAUUACCGGCAAAAGCAAAAAUCACUCCAUAUGUCACUCCGAUUUGCCUCGCUCAGCCUAAAGUUAUUCGAAAAUUAGAGACAAUAAAUUCUCUAGCCACUAUUACUGGAUGGGGUGUGCGAACACCGCGUAAAUUAAAUGAUAUCGAAUUGAAAAUACAGACUUUAUUUUCUGGUGUUUUGCAACAUGCAGAGCUCCCUUUAGUUAAUAAUCAUAAAUGUCGCAAUGCAACACCAUAUUAUUUUAAUAUAAAAACAAUGUUGUGUGCUGGUACAUCAAAAAAUGAAAACGCGCCUUGUUUUGGAGAUGGUGGUUCUCCUUUGAUGAUGAAAAAUCCAAAAACCAAGAGAUGGUUUUUAAUUGGUUUAUUUAGCUGGUCAGAAGGAUGCGCCCAGCCUCGAAGUUAUAGCUACUUUACUGCAGUUGCCAAAUACAGACACUGGAUAAGCGAAAUAGCUUAUAAAAAUACAGUUAAAUAGACAAAUACAAAAUAAAAAUAUGUUUCUCAAUCACAACUUUUGAAUUGUUAAAACAAAAUAGUCAUAGAACUAUUUAUAUAAAAUCAAAAGAAAAAUAGAUUUUGCGUUAAAAGAAAAAAUUUGAUAUUGGACAAAGUUGUAAAACCUUAGAAUGACUUAUAUCUCAAUCCUAAAGAUUUUAAUAAUGCAAUGAAGGUAAAGUAACAAAUGCAGUGAUAACACAAAUUAACGAGAGUGUUUUUUUUUAUAGUUUUAAAGUCAAUAGAAUAAUACGUGUUUAUGUUGAAACAUAAAAUUCUAAUGACAAUUUAA